UUUUUACUGUUGAGUAACUGCAUGCUGGUCUGCGUGUACUGGAGAGGGUGAGAGAGCGAGCUAGAGGAAUAAAGUGCUCCUCCUGGAUCUUAUCGGAGCCCUCUCUCGCCUUCCCCUCUACUUCUUGGUUUCGGCUUGUGUCCAUUUAAGUUGGGGAGGCCCUGGAGAGGACACACAAUGGAGCGAAGAGCCUGUGGCAACUGGGCCGUUGUACUAUUGAGAGGGGGAUGGGGUAGAGAGAGGACCGGUUCACACAGCUAACACAGCCUGCCGGCUGUAGGCUUCAACAGCCUUUCCUCCCCGCCUGGACCCACUGUUUCCAGGCUGGGGCCUUUUUUGUGGAACAGCCACCCUCAAACAACGCUUGGACUACACUAAGGAUUAAUCACCGUGUUUUGUGGGAUUUUGGGAUACAUACUGGAGCCUGAAGAAUAAUACCUCCUGUGUUUUGGAUAAGAGAAACGAAAAAACAAACUUCUGUGUAGUCCUUCUUGUCCGUUUUUGGUUUCUCUUUCAGUUUAGUGGAGUUCAUAAAUGGAUUACAAGAUGCAUGCCAAGUCAAACGAUUUGCUGGAUUUUCAAAAACUGGAUGCCCUUCUGGAAAAAAUUGCACAUUCAGUCUCUGUGAAAAGAGAGUCCAGCGAGGAGUGCAAUGGGAUCAGCGGUGCUCUGUCAGUGGAGUCUGUGCCGGGGCCAAGACUGAACUGGUGUCCUGCCAACACCACUACCCCUGCCCCUGCCCCUGCCCCUGCAGCUCCAGCUCCUGCUCCGGGGCCCGAGCCCACGCCCAACCCUGUUAGAAUGGGGGACGGCCUGGAUGCAGCGCAGAUGUCGGGCAGCAGCAGCAGCCAGGGGCAGGCCCAGCAAAUGGGCAACCCCCCACCCCCAGAGUACAUCAAUCCCAACAGGCCAAAGCGCCAGACCAAUCAGCUGCAGUACCUGCUCAAGGUGGUGGUGAAGGCCCUGUGGAAGCACCAGUUUGCCUGGCCCUUUCAUAUACCAGUGGAUGCGAUCAAACUUAACCUGCCUGACUACUACACAAUAAUCAAAACUCCUAUGGACAUGGGAACAAUCAAGAAAAGGCUUGAGAACAGUUACUACUGGAAUGCCCAAGAAUGUAUCCAAGACUUCAACACAAUGUUCACCAACUGCUACAUAUACAACAAGCCUGGAGAUGACAUAGUCUUAAUGGCUGAAGCUCUAGAGAAGGUUUUCCUCCAAAGGGUCACAGAAAUGCCUCAGGAAGAAACUGAGAUUGUUGUGAUGACAGGGAAAGGACGUGGCCGGGGCCGAAGAGACGGAGGUCUGAACUUGAAACCAGGGCCCAUCAUUGAUUCUUCGUCCUUGACUCCUCAAACACGUGGUCUGUCAAACCUCUCAGCAGCACCGCAGACCAGAGGACCAGUGCAGGGCCCGCCUUCACUACCUCCCCAGCCUUUGAUGCAGGCCCUGCCGUCCCACGUGGCCCCAACAUUACCCAGCCAUGCGCCGCAGCUCGGAGCGCCCUACUCCCUGGGCCAAUCAGACUGUGCUCCUCAAGUUCCCAUCAUGACUUCUGUGCCUCCCCCUGCUCAGACCUCCCUUCCCCCAGCAUCCAUCCAGAGCACUGCCCCCAUGCUGCAGAACCCUAUAACCAUGACCAAACAAAGAAAGAGCCAGAAAAGGAAAGCUGACACUACAACGCCCACAGCAAAUGACCAACUGAGUGAGUCUUCACCAGCAGAGUCCAAAUCUGGGAAGACACUACCCAGGCGAGAGAGUACCCGGCCUACAAAACUGAUAAAGAAGGAUGCUCCUGACUCCCAGCAUCACAUAGGCAUGGGGAUGGGACUGAGUGGACCAAGUGGAGGUCAUAGCCCCAAACCACAGGAUCAGCUGGGAUACUGCGCUAGUCUGGUUAGGGAUAUGCUGUCCAAGAAGCAUGCUGCUUACGCCUGGCCAUUCUACAAACCUGUUGAUGUGGCUGCACUGGGACUACACGAUUAUCACGAUAUCAUCAAAUAUCCAAUGGACCUCAGCUCCAUCAAGGCCAAGCUGGAGAAUAGACAAUACCGAGAACCACAGGAGUUUGCUGCUGACGUACGAUUAAUGUUUUCCAACUGCUACAAAUAUAAUCCACCAGACCAUGAGGUGGUAGCUAUGGCACGCAAGCUACAGGAUGUCUUUGAGAUGCGCUUUGCCAAGAUGCCAGAUGAACCUGAGAGCAAGCCACUGGUUCCUGCCCCAGCUCCAACACUUCACCAUCCUGCCCCUGUUAAGCCCCAGCCUCCUUUGGCCCAUGUCGCCUCGUCUUCAGACAGCUCCAGUGACUCAUCCUCCGAGUCUGAGUCAUCCACAGAUGACUCGGAAGAGGAGAGAGCCCAGAGGUUGGCAGAGCUCCAGGAACAGUUGAAGGCUGUCCACGAGCAGCUGGCUGCCUUGUCCCAACCACAAGCCAGCAAACCAAAGAGAAAAGAGAAGGAAAAAGAAAAGAAGGAGAAGAAAAAAGAAAAGCAUAAGAAGAAAGGAGGCAUGUUGGGCCUUGUAGAUGAGAUCCAGGAUGCUACACCUGUUCCGCAGGUCUCUAAGAAGACCAAGACCAGUAACAAUAACAACAAAGAGGUCGUACCCAAGAAAAAACCCAGUAAAAAGGAAGGGAUGAAAAGCAAUCACCCCUUCAACCUGCUGCCGGUUCCUAGCCUGGAAGAAGAUUUGGGGGCAGCUGGGUCAUCAGCUACAGGGGAAAAGUGCAAGCCUAUGACGUAUGAGGAGAAGAGGCAGCUAAGCCUGGACAUCAACAAGCUUCCUGGUGACAAGCUCGGCCGUGUAGUGCAUAUCAUCCAGUCCAGAGAGCCCUCGCUCAAAAACUCAAACCCUGAUGAGAUCGAGAUUGACUUUGAGACGCUAAAGCCUUCCACUCUGCGCGAGCUGGAGAGAUAUGUGUCUUCCUGCCUCCGCAAGAAGAAAAAGGUUCCAGUUGAGAAGCCUGUGGAGUCAAUGGCUACCUCCAAAAAGACUGGAUCCUCUUCAGAGAGCAGCGGCUCCAGCACAGACAGCGAAGCUGAGGGGACAGGAAUAAUAAAGCAUCAGAAUCAUAAGAAGAAGGGCCAGUCUGUAAAGGAGGGGAAGAAGACACAUCCGCAUGUACACAUUCAGAGUGGCCCUGCUCAGACUGGGCUUCAUUCCCAAAUUGCAGGCCUUCAGUCCAGCAGUCAGAUGAAGCAGCAGCAGCAUCAGCCAUCUCCUGCAGGCUUCAUUGCUCCCCCUGUAGCUGCUCUGGAGUCUUCCCAGUUACUGGAGACUAGCUUUGAGUCCCUGCCACCUUUCGGCCAGCCCCUUAUGCAUCUGUCCCACCACACAGGCAACUCCUCCUCACCCGCAGCUCCACACCUCAACGCUCAUUCUGCCGGGCAAGUGUCCCCUGAGACCCACCCCUUCCUCAACCAGCAUCCCGUCCUCACAUCCCCAGCCUUGCACAUUUCCAUGCCUCAGCAGCCUUCUCGACCCAGUCACAAGGCAGCGCCUCUUCAUCCCAAACCCCCCCAGCAGCAAACAGCCCCUCCUCAGCAGCAGCCAACCCUGCAGCAGCAACAACUGCCUCAGCAGCAACUCCAGCCCCAGUCAGCAGCACCACCACAGCACCAGCUUUCCUCCCAGAUCCUCCACCCUCCUCAGCCCCUGCACCAGCGGCCCAUGUCCCCUCCAACACUCACACCCCAGGGCUUGCUGUCUUCCCAGCCUCCCCAGAUGCUGCUGGAGGAUGAUGAAGAGCCAGGGUCUACAACGCCUAUGAACCAAGUACAAUUAUACCUGCAGCAGUUCCAGCAAGCCCGUCAGCCCCAGCAGUCCAUGCAGUUGCUCCAGGCCCAGGCUCGGCAGCAACAGCAACAACAACAACAGCAGCAGCAGCAGCAGCAGCAGCAGCAGCAGCAGCAGCAGCAGCAGCAGCAGCAACAGCAGCAGCAACAACAACAACAACAACAACAACAACAACAACAACAACAACACCACCACCAACAACAACCAGGACAGAUCUCUCUUCUGCAGUCUGUCCAGGGACAAUCUCAACUCUCCUCUCAGACCACGCUGCCUCCUCCCCGGCUCCCUAUUCAGUCCCAGGCUCAGCCAGCCCCAUCACAUCAGGCCCCGCCCCAACAGAUUCCUCUACACCAGGCCCACCACAUGCAGCACACUCUGCCACAGCAACAGCAGCCACAACAGCAACAACUGAACUACCAGCAGGGUCCUGGACUAGCUGGUCAGUCCCAGGGAUCACAACACAAGGUGUCCAUGCCCACCAACAAAGCACAGCAGCUCAUCCAGCAACAGCAAGAGCAGCCCUCCCCUCGCCCAACCAAGGCUGACCCUUACAACGCAGGUCACAUGAGGGACAACCCAUCCCCUCUCAUGAUGCAUUCCCCACAACUUCCCCAGUAUCCACCUGUGUCUCACCAGUCCCCACCUCACAACAUGCAGCCCAAAAAGCAGCGGGCCCCUGUGAGCCAUGGUGGGGUAAAGGAGGAGAAACUUCCUCCAUCACCAGUGAUACGAGGAGAGCCAUUUAACCCUGCAAUGAGACCAGACCAUCACAAACAUCCUGAUAACAAGCCUUCUCAACCAGGCCACAGCCAACAGAAUGUAAAGUCCAUGGACAGCUUGCGACCUGUCAUCCGCUCCUCCCAGUCCAGUGGACCGCCCUCCUCUCUGCAAGACAAGGAUAAGUUUAAGCAGGAGUCCAAGGCGCCCAUUGCCCCUAAAAAGGUACAGGAUGUGAAAGUGAAGAAUAUGGGCUCAUGGGCCAGCCUGGCACAAAAGUCCACAUCUACACCCUCAUCUGCAGUGAAGUCAUCAAGUGACAGUUUUGAGCAGUUCCGUCGUGCUGCCCGGGAGAAAGAGGAGAGGGAGAAAGCACUGAAGGCCCAAGCCGAGCAGGUGGAAAAAGACAGACUACGCAGGGAGCAGGACAAACUACGGGGUCGAGAUGAAGAGGACAUCAUGGAGCCAAGCAGAAGGGUGCAUGAGGAGCCACGCAGGCGUCUAGAGCAGCAACACGUUCAAGCCCCUUCGCAACAGCAACAACAACAACAACAACAGCAACAGCAGCAGGAGCCCCAGCCAGCUGCCAUUCAGCAGCCUCCUCAAUCCCCCACACCGCCUCAGCCUGCCACACAGAACCCACUCGACCAACAGAGGGAGCUAGCACGCCGCCGAGAGCAGGAAAGGAGGAGGCGAGAAGCGAUGGCAGCAACUAUUGACAUGAACUUCCAAAGUGACUUAAUGGCUAUCUUUGAGGAGAAUCUGUUUUGAGGAGAGGAGCAACUGAAACAAAACUGCAAAAAAAGGAGAAAAAAAACUUGGAUAAUGUAAACUUCCUCUAAAGAGAGAACUGGCGACCACGCACCACAGAGGGACAUAGACUGUAUGUAGAUGUGAUGGGCCCUCGGAGACCGAGUACAAAUGCUGGACGGGCGGUCACAGCGCACUUUGCCCCUGUGGACGGAACACACGCAACACAUGGGAAUAGUCUCAUUGUUUUGGAUGUCAUUUCCUGGGAAUUUGGCAUUACCUGCCUGAUAUCUCAUAACAGGAGAAAGAGGACCCCUGUUGGCACAGUUGCCUUUGUCACUUGCUUCUUGUGCGUGGACCCAACAUAAAUUGCAAGAGUAAAGACAACUAUGAAACUAUGAAAAUGCUCUGAUAAUGUACUGACAGACUGUGCAGAGGUGUUUUAAAACUGCCAGAUGUCUGAGGUGGUAAAGAAGACUGGUCUUUUAUGUUUUGUUUUGAUUGUUGUAAGUGAACAAAUUAAAUGGUUGGGGUGGGGCGGGGGGGGGGGGCAACUUCCAUACUGUAAAUCAUGUAUAUUUCUCAGCAGAGAAGGUACAGUUUGCCUUACACCUCUUUCCUAAACAGACCAUUAUGUUCUGUGGCCUGCACACAUGGAAAAACCCAAUAACAUUUACAACCAGGAGUAGAAGCAGUGCAGAGCUUUUUUCAUCAUCUUAAUAUCUACUGUAAAGAAGUAUUUUCUUAUACUACAAUAACUGUUUUAUUUUGGAUCUUUCUUUUUUUCUCUUUAGGUCUUUGAAUCUCCAUACUAUCACACUCCACCACCUAUGUCUAUGCCAAACAACCCAUUAUCUUUUAUGCUAAAUUACUUGUCCUAAAACAUGGUAGGUAGCUAGUGACAAAAAAAAAAACCCUGAAUAUAUGCAUUAUCAUAGUUCCAUCACGUAUUUAUCAAAGACAGAAUCAGUUGAAGUUUUAAUCAUGCCUUGUAUUUUUCAUUGAAAGCUACUUGUAAGCAGAAGAGGGGAAAGGUCCGGCCGUUUCUGAGCUUUAUUUGGAAUAUGAUUUCACUACAAGUGUCGCACCAUUCUUUGUAUUACACUUUGAGACAUAAUGUUGGAAAUGUUGAUAUCAUUGGCCUGUUCGCAACAGUCACACUACUGGAUCAGUUAAAAAAUGAGAAGGUGAGGAGCCCCUUGCUGUUCCCUCUGUGUGUGCUCUGAUCUUGCCUAAAGAGUUUGACCACAUGUCAACAGGCAGAGUGCUCUAGGCAGGAAGGGGCAGUACUCAGGGGAGUAAGACAGCCACUUACCACCUUUCUGUAGCUGUUACUUGAAUCAGGUUUAGUCAAAAUAGCUGAAGGGACUGGAAGGAGCUCCCACUUAGUUUAAAUUCUAAUUGACUGAGGGCACACUGUCAACAAUACAAAAUAAAAAGACAAACAAAAGUUAAGAAAACUCUGAAAAAAACUGUUUCGAUUUAUAUCUUUGUUCUUGUUCGAUAAUAGUGGAUGUGAGUUAUAAUUCUGUUCUUGGAGACAUUGGACCGGGGGUGGGUUGAAAUCGGAAUGCAUCUCGUCCUCUUCACUUGUCUCUUAUGGUGUUUUUCUCCAGUGCCUGUAUUGUAUUGCAAUUCUCGUUGGCUUAUAUUACACUUUGAGGGGGUUUAGAAAGGGGGCAGGUCAGGAAUGGGUGGUGUAAUAUUUGAAUGGGGAGGGAGAUUUUUGAAAGAGUUUGUGUAAAAAAAAAAAAAAUAACUAAAAAAAUAACAAAAAAAAAGGACAAGACAGUGUUUUAUAUUUUACCCGUUGUCAAUAUUCGGGUUUUAAAUUUAGUUUUAGUUGGACUUCUAUGAGUGUACACAUCUGACAGGUAAUUUCUUAUUUUGUUCAAUCAGCAGAUUUUAGGUAGAUAUGUUUCAGCGUUGCCACACGUCUGGUCUGUGAGUGUGACUGUGUAUAUGUGGACGGCUGUGUGACUGUGUGUGUUUUGUUUUUGUUCAUUUUUUUUAAAAGUGUGUGGUGCAGGAGGCAUGUUCCCCGAUGUAGAUGAGCAUUCUAUUGAUGAGGAGAAUAAACAGAUAAGCAGUACUUCAGGAGAACUUGUUUCUGUGCUUAAGUCACCUUUUUAAUUUCAUUGAAGUCCACCAUAUAUGAAUAUAGAAUUUUUAUCAGACUGGUUUUGAAAGGGUAAGAAAAAAACUUCAUUCCUUUUUAGGCUUUUUUUUUCCUUUUCACAAUAACUGUUGGACAUAAUGUGCCAUGAGUUGUACAGAGAAUGUGCUGACCCGCAGCUCAGCCCAGAGUUUGCUUUAUUCAGGUAUUUUAUUUUGUGUUACAUUUGUUCUGUUUUAGGGGUUUUGUUCAAACAUCCUCAAUUUAUUGUUUGGUAUGUGAGUGGUCUAUUGAGGUCUCUGAUUCAGUCUGUUAUGAUCAUUGAAUAAACUCAUCUCUUUUAUAGAAAAUAAAAAAAACUAAAUUC